UGGACCUGCAGCCCUGCAAGGAGUCUCCCUCCCUCUCUGUCUCUGGGUGUCUCCCAGCGUUGAACGCCUGCACUUCUCGCCCAGGUGUGACAUUUUUGGAGUGCAACACUGGAACCGCAACCUGCCGAGAAGAUGACGGACCCCACACCGCCAGACUCCACCGCCGUCCCGGACCCGGUUGUAGUAGUGGACCCCACGGUGGUGAACGGGCAGUGCGAGCAGGCGGACUCCCAGCAGCAGCAGCAGCAGCAGCAGCCCAACACAGAAAGUCAGGGAGAAGGUUUGAAGAUGGAUCAGGAGAUGAAGAUAACAGACAGCAUAGAGGACGGAGGCCUUCUGGAGAGCAGCAUGCGUCUGAAGCCUCAUGAAGCACAAAGUUACCGCAAGAAAGCUCUGUGGGUGUCUUGGGUGUCCAUAGCGAUCACCAUCAUCCUGGCCAUCGCUGCUUUCACUGUUUCCAUCAUGCGCCACAGUGCUUCAGCUUUUGGAUUUGCUUUUGACGCCACGCUGGAUGUGUUGUCCUCUAUUAUUGUACUUUGGCGGUACAGCAACGCUGCAGCCGUCCACUCAGCACAUCGCGAAUACAUAGCUUGUGUUAUCCUGGGUGUGAUUUUCAUCCUGUCCUCCUUGUGCAUUCUGGGUAAGGCCAUCCACGACCUCGCCACCAAGCUGCUACCUGAAGUGGAUGACUUCCUGUUCAGCGUGUCCAUCAUCAGCGGCUUGGUGUGCAUCAUCCUGGCCAUAAUCAAGUUCAUGCUCGGCAAAGUGCUCACAAGCCGGGCCCUCAUCACUGAUGGAUUCAACUCACUGGUGGGGGGAAUCAUGGGCUUCUCCAUCCUCAUCAGCGCUGAAGUGUUCAAGCAUGAGCCCCAGGUGUGGUACCUGGAUGGGACAAUAGGCGUCCUCAUAGGCCUGAUCAUCCUUGCCUAUGGAGUCAAGCUACUGCUCGACAUGGUGCCACGGAUCCGACAAACCAGGAACUACGAGCGCUUUGAGUAACAGACCGCAGAGGAACAGAGAGAGGGAGCAGAGAAGGGAUGGAAGGGGACUGACUGACUGACUGCCAGGAGAGGGACAGUCUCUCCACAGACUAUCACAUUCAGUCCUCGAGGUGCCAGUGGUGUCUGUACUGUCCUCCCAUUCAAAGAUUUGAACUGAGGAUCCGGACCGAUGAUGACAUUCUUGCCGCCUUUUAAAUGUUUUACAGUUUGGUGUACAUAUAAUAUAUUUAUCUGUCUUUUAGAAGAGCCUGUUCCUUCAUGCCUCCAUAUUCAAACAAGAGCGUUAUGAAGGCAAAGGGAGUUUAACUAAGGUGAAAAAGUUGUUGACACAGUUGUAGAAGAGAGAGACGAGCUCGCACAGGAGGCACUUGGACCUUGAGAGUCUAUAACUCCUCAGAAGCAACAGAUUUUUGUACAGCCAGUUGAUGUACAGUACCUCGGUUACACCUCAUCGCCCUGUCAAAACACAGCAGUUUAUUUUCCCAUGGUUCCUAGAGGCCUUUGCUCAGCUGUGCUAUAAAAUGUCGCAGAGUGGCAGGUGAAGCUGAUUGAUGUAGCUGAUGUAGCAGCGCAGGAUUUAUGGUGUUUUACUUUUUUUAUGACCACAGACGAUAUAUCAAUACAAGGCCCAUUUGGCUUACAGAGCAGGUACACAAGCACAGAGGCUCAGCACCAUGUGAUUUGCUGUUUACAGUAUUUAUCUAGACCGUUGUGGCGGGAGCAGGAGCCUCCAGUGGGCAGUGUUUCAGCAGCAUCAUGCCAGCGCCAGCUCACAGCACAGGAUAGGAAUCAGUGUUUCUGGCACCCAGUUACAGAGAGUCAUGACCUGACUGGAAAUGUUACACAAGGAAAAUGACAGAAAGGAGCUCAUUGGCUUUUUUGUGGUGAAGUUCAAGUGACAAACCUGAGAAUAUCAUUUGUACAUUGACACCAUGCGCCAUCUACUGACCAGAAGAGGUACCUGCCUGCUAUACAUGUGACUAUAUGUGAAUGUGUAUCUAAUACAGCUAAGUACAGACACAUGAGGUCAAAGAAAGCGUUUGUUUUGAAUGAAUAUCAGUUCCUGCACACUGUCAGCGCCCUUCAUCAGGCAUCAGAGUCACAAUAACAAACAACUUUAUAUUAUAACGAAAGGCAAAAGAACCAAGAUUUGUGUAGUGUUACCCGCCUCCACAGAACCUAUGUUACACAUUUAUUUACCUUACUUUGAUCGCUGAUGUUGCAGAUUUCCAUAUACUGUUGUUUAUUUUAGUUGAGUGAGUCAGCUUGUGAGAAAAGAGGGCUCGUCCUCACGUGUUGAGAUUUAGUCUGGUUUGAUUUAGAGAUGAAGUAUUUUUCCUCCUUUUUUGUUUGCAUGCUUGAACGCAGAGGGGUGUACUACGAAGCCAGAUUAGUGGGUUAGCAAAGGAUGGUGAAUCUAAAGUCAGAGUUUUUGAUGUUACAUGGCUCUCUUUUAAGCUGGCUAGAUCACCAUGGCAACAUAUGCUGCAGACUUAACCUUGUCCAGACCAGUUGUUCAGAGUUUCGGCUAAAAAGCUCACCUUGAUUUGGCCAAAUAAUCCUCGUAAAAGAGAGUGCAUGCGGUCGCAGUGUUGCUUUUUGCUUUAAUAUUCAAAGGUCGCAGUCAGUGACACACAGUCAGUCUUUUUUGUGUGGUAGUUGAGUCAAAUGAUGCGUUGAAUGCCGCCUUCUAAGAGCCUGAGGAAGAAAACCUGCUUUUAACUAAGACAGUUGAUAGCCACCCUCAUGACACCUGUUAUCUCUGACUGUGGUUUUUAGUCUUUGUCGAGCCACCUUACACAAACAAAGCCUGACUCUGUUGAACUUGCUUUGUGGUACACGCUUCAACGCUUUUGUUGCCAGUUUGUUUGAGAUUCAUUGUAAGAACUGGUCGUGUGAGUGGUGAUCAUGGCCAGUCGAUGUCCUGAUGGACGUCUGUGUCCGGCUGAAUGACAUAUUGAGCAGGAUAUGGUUUGAGAUUGAAGGUGACACUGCUGCAUUUGAAUGUUUACGAAGUAGAUCUAUAAGAAACGUGAUCUGAGGCGAAUUUAAAUGUGUGAGAGAUGAUUAUAGAUAUGAUUCCUCUCACAUCUAAUUUCUAAAACCUGACUUCAAUUCACCACCUCACCAUCUGACGCACAUUUACCGUCUCCAGAAUGUCCAGACUUAUGUGUAGAAAGUGGCGUACGCACAUUUCCAGCCCUUAUUUUGUGCAUGUGCAGUGGUUGUAAAUGAAACAGUUUGUUUGACUGAAACAUGUCUGGGCUGAACUGACAGUGUGCAGGAAGUUUUUCUUAUUCGUGUCUUCAUUUCACUGUGCAUCUGUCCGCCAGCUGUGAAUUAGUAAAUACUUUAAUAUCAUACUGUGAAGGACUCCGCUGUCCUGCUAGUUCACUACUUACAGCUCUGUUUGUUAUUGAUAAGGAGACGUUAGCGUGAAUCCACCACACUGUUCUGAGGUUUACACUGUCAUAGGACGUCUGUGUGAGCCAUGUUAGUUUUUCUCUUUCCUUAUGGUUGUUAUCUGAUCAUGUUAUUGGCUCCACAUCAGUGAAACGGGCGCACACACACUGCAGUGAUGGUUUUGGACAACAGUCAAGUCAACAGUCAUCUUCUUGAUACUGUGUCAGGAGUCAAUAUACGUGCGCUCUUAUCUGGAGCUGCUGUUUGUUUUGGCAUUUAAAAGGGAGCGCUGUAGUUCUCUGUUAAUCUAAGCAUGUUGACUUAUGGAGCGAUCGCAGUCAAACACAUUGAUGUUGAUGUAAAAGCACAAAAUUAGGAGUUUACUGCUCACAGGCGUUUAGAACGAGGCAGUUAUCGAUAUGAACUAACGUCUGACUAACUUAACAACAGCCCGUAUUUACUCCAAAGCCUUAAUGUUACUGCUGUGUUGGUGACUGUGGGACAUGAAUGUAAUGAUCAGGUGGAGUUUGAGCUGUUGGUAUGUUUUCCUCAAGUGACAGUAACUGAAUGUACACACUGUGCUGAGACCAAUACAUACGGCACACACACGUGCUGCUGUGCCGGUUUGUGUUUAAUCAUAUUUGAGGACUUUUAUUUGAAUACAUAAGUGUUAUUUUCUGGAGUUAUAUUUGUGCCUGAAGUGUGUGUGAGGCUCAGAUGCAACUCCUGCUCAGUAUUGUUUGAUUUGUUGGACUUGUACACACACACACACAUACACACACACUGUGGGGCUGGAGCUGCUCCUCAGCCCGUGCCGACUGUACUCUCCUGUGCCCGUGUAAAUACUGAAUCUGUAUUGCUGUGAUGUAACACAAAUAUAAACCAGAGUCGGAGCCUUUUGUCACAGAAAAAAGGUUUAUUGAAAAAUAAAGUUAUAUCCCUCUUACUCGUCAAAGGACUGUGAAAACAAAAAAAAAGAAAAUGUUGUCAUUGCGUUAUUCGCCUUCCGCUGCUUGGACCACAAUCAUCACCACUCUGUUGUUUCAGUCACUGGAUGCUAAGAUGCUGACGGACAGAUUCAAACAAGGUCGAGAU